ACUACUUUUCUUUUUUAUAAAAAUUUAUGUACUGUUGUCAUUUAUUUUUGUAAUUGUAAACUUCAUGGCUACUUAUGUACAUCAAAAUGGUAAAUAAAAAUAUUCAAUGAUAAAGUCUGUACAAGAUAAAAUUAUGGGCUCAUACACGGAUAUGGGAAAUACUGAGACUCUUUGGGAAACAAAUAUUAAAAAAACUACCGAAAAUCAGAUGAGGAAGGCCUUAAUAGCCAUUGUGCAUGAAAUACAAAGAUACCACACUGAAUCGCCAACAAUAAGUUAUAAUAGCAAAGAAGAAAUAUUUAUAGACUUAAUAAAAUUUAAAUCAAAUUUAAAACUAAAAAGAAAGCAAGUUAAAAACCUUCGUAUAAAUCUUAACAUUGCAUGCAUAGUUGCUAAAACAUUGCUAACUGCUAAAGAAAAUGAUACAGUUGCAUUCAAUAAACAAAUACAUUUAGUAGGAAGUCACUGUAACAAUUUACUUCAGAAUAAUAAAAUGAACGAAACAAUAAUAGAAAAAUUUAAAUCGCAAAAUCGAAUACUAACACAGAAAAUGUACAACAUUGGACAUUUAAUUAAUCUCGGCUACAUAGAUAUGCAAAAAAUGCAAGAUUCACGUGUCGAUGAAUUAACUACAACGGAGCAAUUAAAGGAAUUAUUUGUGACUUGCGGUCAUUACUAUGCAAAAUAUUAUAAUGAACAUGAAAAAAGGUUACGACUGGAACGUAAGAAUCGGUUUUUGAGUAAUAAAAUAAAUAUAAUGGAAAGCAGCAUAGAAGCUAUUAAUAAAGAACUUAUUGCUUUACGCCACCAAAACGUAAGAUUACAAAAAGAAAAUAAUUACAUGAGAAAAAUGCGAAGUUGUUUCCCUAGUAAUAUUGAUUGCAAUAUAAUAAAUAGUUUAAGCUCAAUUUACUUUUGGCGACAAUACAAGAAUGAAAAUGUUAAAAAAGAUAGUGACAAAUUUAAAAAUGAACAAUCGAUUAUUUCCAAAUCAAGAAAUAUAGAUUUUACAUCGCAUUUAUCAUUGGUCGAAAUGUUAAUUUGUGACCAAGAUAGUAUGUUAAGAGAUUUAAAUAAAUUGUCAGAAGAAAUAAAAAAAUCAACCGAUCAACCGAUACGAGACUAAUCCAUGUACAUUUACCGAUCUGUUAAAUAUAACAACAAUGAAUGAUAAGUAAUUAAUUGUGAAUACUAAAUAAUUGUACAUAUACCUACGUUUCUACAGACAAUAGUAUUUCAUUAGAAUUGAACAUAUAAAAACCUCUAUGAUUAAAAUCCUAGCUAUCUACAUUUACGUCUAAAAUAGAGUUGCCAACCAAAUAAAAUAAAGUUAAAAAACAGUAUUUGAAACUGAAAAGACCGAAAUAUU